CAAGAAGAAGACACUUACCUUACUGCCAAUCGAAGCGAGUUUAUAGGUCGACGAAUCAUCGAGUGGUUGGCGAAGGGAGACACCGUCUCCAUGUUGGAUAUCAUGCAGAGACACAGCGGUGUCUCGUUUGGAUUGGGAGAUAUAUUGAACGAGUCAGACGCUAUACAUAUAGUACACAUAGCCUCGUUGCCACAAGGCACGAGAGACCCCUCCGUCUACUACAAGGCCAGCAUCAAAGGCACUUGA